AUGAAAAAGAUUAAUGUUUUUGUAGUUCCUAUUCAUGGGACAGUUCUUUACCCAUAUUAGAAUUUGAAACUCAGAUUAACAGAAUUGUAGUUCUAUGAUGCCAAAGUGAAUAAUAACUAUGUUGCUAUUGUGCCAGUGGUUGACCAACAAGUGGAUGGGAUUUAGAGAAUUCAGAGAUUCAGUUAGUAUGGUACUUUAGUGAGACUUACAAGUGAAGAUUACACGUAAUAAUUUGAUCGAAUAACAUAGAGUCUACGCUUCAAAUAAAAUUUACCAAGCUUUUUCAUUUGCUAGAAUCAAAAUAGAUUCUAUAAUAAAAUCCACUCCAUAUUAUAUGGUUUCAGCUGAAGUCUUGGGGGAUGAAAUAGCUGAUGAAUAAGCAUUAUGGAGUAGUUAGAUAAUAGACCAAUUAAAGGAAUUAGCAAAAGUAAGAAUUUUGGAUAAUUUUAGUAAUAUCUAGAAUAAUUCUAAAUGAAUCCCAGUCCGCAGUUCCUACAAAUAAUACAAGAAGAGAAGAACAUAAAUAAAUUAUUCUUUACUAUAGCCUCGAAUGCUGAUUUACCAUAUAGUUAGAAGCUUAAAUUAUUGUAGAUUGAUGAUCAUAAAACAAAGAUCAAUUUAUUGAUACAAUAUUUAAAAACUAAGGUUGAAGAGUUUGCGCAAACUAAAGCUCUGGAAUAGAAAGUAUCAAAGGAUCUCAUGCAAUAAAUGCCUAAAUAGGUGAAUAAGUCUAGUAAUCUACCUACUAAUCUUCCAGGAUUCCCAUAUUAAAAAUAAAAAAAUAAUGACAUCGAGAAAUUGUAAGCCAAAAUUAAAGAAGCCAACCUUCCAGAUCAUGUUAGAGAAAUUGUUGAAUAAGAAAUGUAGAAAAUUGAAAAAGGAUAAAUGGGAGUAGAUUCCAAUGUAACUAGAAACUACAUUGAUUUAAUACUUCAAUUACCUUGGAAUUAAUAAGUAGAAGAAACCUUGAGUAUCGAAAAAUGUAAAGAAACACUUGAUGCAGAUCACUUUGGAUUAACUAAAGUAAAGGAGAGAAUAUUGUAAUUCUUGGCAGUAAAGAAAUUAAGAAAAGAGAGAAAAGUAGCUGAUUCAAAUGGCUAAGGAUCAAUCAUCUGUUUCUUUGGUCCUCCUGGUGUUGGUAAAACUUCACUUGGUUAAAGCAUUGCCAAAUCUCUAAAUCGUCCCUUUUAUAGAAUUGCCUUGGGUGGAGUAUCCGAUGAAGCUCAAAUCAGAGGACACAGACGUACUUAUGUUGGAGCAUUUCCAGGAUCCUUUAUUUAGGCUAUCAAAAAAGUAAAAUGCAAGAAUCCAGUGAUUUUAUUGGAUGAGAUUGAUAAAUUGACAUCUAAUCAUAGAGGAGAUCCUAGUUCUGCCUUAUUGGAAGUCUUAGAUCCUGAGUAAAAUAGUCAUUUUAUGGACAAUUAUUUGAAUAUAGAAUUUGAUUUAAGUAGCGUAUUAUUUAUAGCAACUGCCAAUCAAUUAGAAACUAUUCAACCAGCAUUAAGGGAUCGUCUAGAAUUAAUAGAAAUUGUUGGUUAUACAGUUAAAGAGAAAGUAGCCAUUGCUAAUAGCUAUCUGAUACCUAAAUAACUUUAAAAAAAUGGACUAGUGAAUGACUAGGUUACAAUACCUUAGGAAAUUAUUCAUAAAAUAAUAAAAUAACACACUAGUGAAGCAGGAGUCAGAUAAUUGGAAAGAGUGAUAGCCAAGAUUUAUAGAAACAUUGCUCUCAAAUAUGUGACAGAUUAAUAAAACUUCAAAACCAUAGUUGUAGAUUAAGAAAGCUUAAUUGAAAUAUUAGGACCAUCCAUCCAUUCAGAUAAGCAUACUACUCCUUUGAUAUCGAUACCUGGAGUAUGUAAAGGUUUAGCAUGGACUCCAGCAGGAGGGAAAGUGUUGAUGAUUGAAUCUGUGAAAAUGGAAGGCAAAGGAAAAUUUGAAAUUACUGGUAUGUUAGGAGAUGUAAUGAAGGAAAGUGUAAGAACAGCUAUUGGAUGGAUUAAAGCAUAUUGGCCAUAAAUUAAAAUACUAAGCAAAUCAAUUACAAAUAUUAACUUUGAUGCUCUUGAUAUUCAUGUAAUCUCUAUCGAUUAUAAUUAUAGAUUCAUUUUCCAGCUGGAGCAACUCCGAAAGAUGGACCAUCUGCAGGAGUAGCUAUAACAACAGCAAUUGUAUCAUUACUCACAGGAUUGAAAGUGAAAAGUGAUAUUGCAAUGACAGGUGAAAUUACUUUGACAGGGAGAGUGCUACCAGUGGGAGGUAUAAAAGAGAAAAUCCUUGGAGCUUUUGAGAGUGGAAUAUUUAGGUAGAGAUAUAAUAUAAUAUUCUAGUGUCAUAAUUCCGCAUAGGAAUAAAGCAAAUUUGGUGGAUGUUGAACCUGAAAUUAGAGAGAAAAUGUCAAUUCAUUUGGUGAAAACAAUAGAUUAAGUGCUUCAAAUCGCUUUAGAAGGAAAUGGUCCCAAUUUCAAAAUGAUUAAUCUGGCAAAUUUAUGAAAGUCA